UUCAUUGCGGAGUUGGUCGCUGAGCGUUUUGUGGAAGUGCAGCGUCAACAGCGGCGAAAAAUUGGAUCGUAACAACACUCCGCCCUCACCCCAAUGGAAGCCGCCGUCAACCCACCUCACGACAGCUCUCUGGUUGGGUUGUCCGGUGGUAUGAUGGACCAACACACAAGCUCGGGAAAACGCAUUCGUAAGCCCUCCCUGCUGUACGAGGACUUUGAGAGCCCCUCCCUACCCCACACAAUGCCCCAGGGUCCCCCUGCCCCUCCACAGCCCCCAGUGAAGGAUCCUACCCGACCAGGCCGCAUGACAAACCAGCUGCAGUACCUCCAGAAGACCCUGAUGAAGUCUCUUUGGAGGCACCACUUUGCCUGGCCUUUUCAGGAGCCCGUGGAUGCCUACAAGCUUAACCUGCCGGAUUACCAUAAAAUUAUCAAACAACCCAUGGACAUGGGGACCAUUAAGAAACGCUUGGAAAAUAACUUCUACCGUAGUGCAUGUGAGUGCAUACAGGACUUCAACACAAUGUUCACCAACUGCUACAUCUACAACAAGGUAGGUCAAAAGCCAACAGAUGACAUUGUGCUGAUGGCCCAAUCCCUAGAGAAGAUUUUUCUUCAGAAGGUGGCCCAGAUGCCCGAAGAGGAAGUUGAACUUCCUCCUCCAGCUCCUCGGAACAAAAACAGCAGGGGAAGAGGUCGUAAAUCUUCUGCAUCAAGGGCUCAGCAGGUGCCAGCAGUGUCCCAGUCAGCCUACUCCCCCUCAUCCUCAGACACGGGGGAUUCCAUGCUGGCCAACUCUCCCCAGACUGUGCUAACUAAAAGCCUGCCACCAGCUAACAUUAUGGGUUUGCCUCCUACACAGCCCACAACCAAGAAGAAAGGUGUAAAACGCAAAGCAGAUACCACCACACCCUCUACCAUGGGCUUCACUACUGUGGGCAUGUCAGGAACGCCGCACAUGGUGGGCUUGGGGAAAGGGGGACACGGGGGUCAAAUCCAUGACACGUCCAUGCACACGGUCUCCUCAAUGGGAAGCAUAAGCUUGGAGACCCCACCUGGGAUUGGGCUCGUCAGGAGUCCUGGAGGCCCUGUCCUGCUCCAGCCAAUGAUGGCUGGCACUGGACGCAGAGUUGGCAGCGGACGCCCCAUCAAACCCCCCAAGAAGGACUUGCCCGAUUCUGUUCAACCUCAGCCCUCAAGGAAGGGAAAACUCAGCCCGCAGCUGAGGUACUGCAGUGGGCUGCUGAAGGACAUGUUAUCAAAGAAACAUGCUGCGUAUGCAUGGCCUUUCUACACACCUGUGGAUGCAGCUGCACUCGGACUUCAUGACUAUCACGAUAUCAUCAAGUGUCCUAUGGACCUCAGCACCAUCAAGAGGAAGAUGGACUGUCGUGAGUACAGAGAUGCUCAACAGUUUGCCAGUGAUGUUAGACUGAUGUUCUCAAACUGCUACAAGUACAAUCCACCUGAUCACGAUGUUGUGGGGAUGGCACGGAAACUACAGGAUGUCUUUGAGUUCCGUUUUGCCAAGAUGCCAGAUGAACCACACAUGGAGCACACAGCCAUGUCCAUGAGUGGGCAUCAAACAUCCUCUUCAUCAUCUUCCUCCUCCUCAUCCUCCUCAUCUUCCUCCACCUCUGAGAGUGAGCCUAGCAGCGAGAGUGAGGAGAGUGAGAGCAGCCCAAGCUCAGACAGCGAGGAGGAGCGAGCACAUCGCUUGGCUGAAUUACAGGACCAGGUGUGCACACAACUCCGAGCCGUGCACGAGCAGCUAGCUGCUCUCUCCCAAGGCCCCAUCGUCAAGCCCAAAAAGAAAAAGGACAAAAAGGACAAAAAGGAGAAGAAGAAAAAGAAAAAGCUGGAGAAGCGAAAUCGAGGAGUCCGAAGCAGAGCAGGCUCUGAGGAAUGGAAGAUGCCCAGCAAGUUGAAGAGCAAAUCUGCCAAAGCAGGUGGCUCCCAGGCCAAGAAAAGCCAGGGGAAGAAGAGUAACAAGAACAGCAAGACUUCAAAGAAGCCUUUCUACCCUCAACUUGCCACUUCCAUGUUACCACACUAUGACUCGGAGGAAGAGGAAGAGAUCGUGCCCAUGUCAUACGAUGAGAAGCGCCAGCUAAGCCUUGACAUCAACAAGUUACCAGGCGAGAAGCUGGGUCGUGUGGUCCACAUCAUACAGUCCAGGGAGCCCUCACUGAGGGACACCAACCCUGAGGAGAUUGAGAUUGACUUUGAAACACUCAAACCAUCCACACUGAAAGAGCUCGAGCGCUACGUGAUGACAUGUCUGAGGAAGAAGCCCCGUAAGCCGUAUGCUGAACAAGCAGCAAAGAAAGGCAGCAUUGGCAAGUCUAAAGAGGAGCUGACCUUGGAGAAGAGGAGGGAGCUAGAGAGGAGGCUGCAAGAUGUCAGCGGACAACUCAAUUCAGUCAAGAAACCCACGAAACCUAAAGUGGAAAAGCCGAGUGCAGUGGAGACUCACGCCCAGCCAUCACGCCUCAGCGGAAGCAGCUCCAGCUCAGACUCGUCCUCUUCCUCCUCCUCAUCCUCUUCCUCAGACAGCAGUGAUUCAGACUCGAGUUGAGAUUGUUAGCAAAAAACUAAGAAGUCAAACGCUAAUGUCUCAGGGACUUGGGCUGGCCCAGGACACAUCACGCCCUGAAGCGAUAGUUGGCUGAGAUUGAACACUGCAACAAAAAACACUCCAAAUGGACUCCUGUAAUCCUGUAAUGUUUUGAAUGUUGGAUUGAGGGAUGUGGAACAAUGUCUUUGUGGAUUAUUGUAGAACCCAAACACUAAAUGCCUUGUUCUCCCCUUCCUUCCCUUUGUAAAUACUUGUACAAAUUUAUGUUUCUUUUAUAAAGAAGAUUUUUAUGGGGAUCCCUGAAGAGGGAGGUGGAGUAAUAAUUAAAAAAAUUGAUGUGGAAAGACGGGCCUGACUGAAAAAUCUGUUUGGCUGGCCUUACACUGUCUCCUUUUGGUGAAAGAAUGGAAGAGCGUCAUAUUUUAUUUGUUUUCUCCUCCCACCCACAUAUCCUCAGAUGUUACUGGAAUUGAAACCAGCAACCUUUUGGUCUCAAGCCUUGCUUUUCUAACAAUUUUAGAUGAACCCCUAGACUCAGCCUUAAUGAUUGUUCAUAACGGUUACAAUAUUUGGAGAAAUCCAAUACUGUUGACAGAUCUGGCAUCCUGAGCUGCAUUUCAAAGCAUGCUAUGGGAUCUUCCAUAUUCAGGUCAGUUUGAGAUUUAGAUUUCUCUGUUAUGUUUACAUAAGUUCUCAGUUUAACAAUAACAUUAAUGCUGCAGUCUGUUUUAGUACAAUAUAGAGUAACAGUUUAAUGUACUAUAAAUACAAAGUUUAGCAGCUAAGAUAGAUAUUCAUUAAAUUUGUACAGAGUUUUGUGGCUGCACUGUUCUCCUAAAAAGCCACCAGCUAUUUUAAGACCGACAAGUCUUAUAAACACGUCUCAAGCUGAACUCAUUUCUUACAACUUACUUUGACGUUUUCAUCCUUCAUUACAUCAAACAGUAACUCGAGUGUCCGUCUAUUUCUGAGCUGAAAGCAAGCUGCUGAAUGUUAUCAUGUUACAGUUUCUAAUUUCCAUAUUAAUUUCCUGAACAUCUGAAGUAUUGCAUUACCAUUUCUUGCAGACCUCUGUAGCACUUGAAAACACUGGCUGCUCAGCGCUGACUGGAACAAAUGGUGACGACUGAUUAAACUCAAGCUGAAAACAACACUUUUCCUGUAAACCGAUAGGAGAGCCCUCAUUGUACAUGCAUAGUUGAAGCUGUUGAUGAAUGUUCAGUAAAGAUAUGCUUGUAUAUAAUUCAGCUGUAUUUGCUGUUGCACAAACUAAUGUAUUUCUGUUGUUUGGUCUCCUUUUUCCCCUCCCAGUUACCCUUUUUGCUUUUUUUAUUUUUUA